CGCAGUGGUCAACCAAGCCAAGGGCGGCGCCACGCCGCUGAACAUCGCGUGCCAGCAGGGCCACCUCGAGAUCGCCCGGCUGCUCCGCGAGGCUGGCGCGGCAAUCGACCAGGCCGAUGAGCAAGGCGCCACGCCGCUGUACAUGGCAUGCCAGAACGGCCACCUCGAGUGCGUCCGGCUGCUUAUCGAGGCGGGCGCAGCGGUAAGCCAAGCCCGCAACGACGGCGCCACGCCGCUGUUCGCCGCGUGCCACAACGGCCACCUCGAGGUCGCCAAGCUCCUCUCCUCCUACGGCGCCUCCCGCGCCGCUACGCCCUUCGGCACGCCCGAGGAGGCCGCAAACCACAAAGGCCACGCCGACCUCGCCGCUUGGCUGGUCGCCAGCCGCGGCUGGACGCCGCUCGCGCACCUUGAGACCCUCACCGCCGCCCGCGCCACCUCCCUCCUGCGCAGCGGCGCAAGCUUGCACGAGGGCGAGCCGACGCCGCUGCGGCGCGCCGCGGGCGGCGAGGGCGAGGCGGCGGCGCUGGUCCGGCGGGCGGCGGCGCCGUGGUCGCCGGCAAGCCACUCGCUCUUCCCCGCGGGGGCUCGCGCGCGGGCGGCGCUCCUCGUCCGCUCGAUCUACGAGAUCCACGAGCGGUACCACCUCGACUCGGCCGGAGCCACGAACGGCAUCGCGGCGCUCGACUUUGGCCAUUGCGUGUUGGGCUUCGCGAUCACGCGCGAGACGCAGUAGGGGAGUUGCAGUGGCUUCGCGCCCUCACGCUCACGGCCGACGGCGCUGUCUUUGAGUUGCGCGGACCGUGCUGCUGCACGCGGUGGCGAGCGAGGGAGAAGAGUAGAGCGCGAGGACUCAUGACGGGACGGACACUACCGCGCGGCUCCGUCGAGCUCGUCCCUUGGCAAGCUCGAGUUGCUGGCGCUGCAAUGUUGGUGCUGGCUGCGUCGCAUCCCCCUCGACAGCGUUGGCGGGCCGGGACGUGUGCCGGUGUGCAUUCCAUCGUCCCUGAAAAAGAAAAAUCCG